GGACAAACAUUUGUCCAGGGAAAAGCCUUUUUCCGGUUGGAAACUGCCCCGGCCUCGGGAGGCCAGGCGAUUUUCGUUCUCCCGAUGCCAUCCCCGCCAUCCCCGCGACGGCCCGACUCCCAGCGACUCCAACCCUAGCCAACUCCUCCGCCGUCGCUCGUCUCCAACGCCAUCGCUCGUCUGCCAUUGCCACGAGCUCCUCCGCCGUUGCACCUGAUCCACACCGAGCUCUCUGACGCUGUCCCCUUCCCCUCCACAAGAUAUGGGUUCUUGGGAGGAGCAAGUUAGACAAUUUUUGUUAGAUGAGGAAGAAGACGACGAUGAGUUGUUCUUUGUUAUUCUGCCUGCUAUAAUUCCAUACCUCUCAGAAGAGAAAGAGCCCAUCCACACCUCCUCACUCACUGGUGCUAAAAAGGUUAGAGAAAUCCUUGAAGGACAUGAGAGUUGGUGCAAAUCCGAGUUCCGAAUGGAGCCAGCAAUAUUCAGAACCACAACAAAUUUUCUUAGAAGAGAGAAUUUACUACGAGACACACGAGGAGUUACCAUUGAGGAGCAGCUUGGGAUGUUCAUGUACAUGAUCUCCCACAAUGCUAGUAACCAAAUGCUACAGAAGGCUUUUCAACAUAGUGGAGAGACUAUCCAUAGAAAAAUAUCCGAAGUAUUUGAUAUUGUUCCCACACUAACUCAGCGUUUUGUGAAGCUUCCUAGCUCUAUCCAAACUCAUACCAAAAUUGCAACAGAUUCUAGGUUCAUGCCAUUUUUUCAGAACUGCAUUGGUGCAAUCGACGGCACACAUAUACCCAUCACCAUAGCAGAACAUAGAGCUGCUCCAUAUAGAAACAGGAAAGGAACUCUUUCAUACAAUGUUAUGGUAGCCUGCGACUUUGACCUUAAUUUCACAUUUGUUUCAUGUGGAUGGGAGGGGUCAGCCUCAGAUUCAGGGGUGCUUCGAUCUGCUAUUAGCAAAGGAUUUAGUGUGCCAGAAGGAAAGUUUUAUCUAGUAGAUGGUGGUUAUGCAAAUACAUCAUCCUUCAUUGCACCAUAUAGAGGGGUUCGAUACCAUCUCAACGAGUUUAGGAGGCGUCGUUCAUCACAAAGUGGUUAUGCGAACUACAGAGAGUUGUUCAACCACCGCCAUGCAAUUCUCCGUAACCAUAUAGAGAGGGCCAUCGGUGUUCUAAAGAAAAGGUUCCCGAUUCUAAAAGUAGGCACAUUUCAUCCCAUAGAGAACCAAAUUAAGAUCGCAGCUGCAACUGUUGCAUUUCACAACAUAAUUAGAGGGCAAAAUGGAGACGAAAGAUGGCUUGACAACCAACCGGAUUACAUCUCUCCAAGUCAAUAUGUUGAUGUUCCAGAGGGAGAUAUCAACUAUCUCAAUGACACAGAAUCAAGUGAUGGAAGUGCUCUAAGAGAUCAGACCGCACUUGAGAUGUGGGCUGCCUACAAUAGCUAGAUGUUAUAAUAGGAUGCCUACAAUAGCUAGUUGUGGGCUGCCUACUAUUAUUGCUUAGAGCACAAUAACUAUCUUUAUGGUUUGUAGUUUGUCAUGUAGGUAGUUGCCAAGUUAUGAACUUAAAGUUGCUUAGUUAUGUACUAUUAUUUCCACAAUUUCAGUUUUGAAUAAAGGAUGAUUUGGAACAAUGUGUA